AUGGACAGAGUUAACGGCAUUAAUGAACGACACGACUCCCAGAAUGGCUCAGCCGAAUCUAAUACCGGCUUCAACCACAUCCGCAAACGGAUAAUCAUCUGCUGCGACGGCACGUGGCAGUCAUCCGUGUCCGGGGAGAGAAAUGUCCCGUCAAAUGUGACUCGCCUAGUCCGCCAUCUUGCGCGCUCCGAGAAACAAGGGAAUACGCUAUGGCAGCAGAUUGUCUGGUACGAUUCCGGCAUUGGAACGGGCGACCUUUCGAAGCUUGAUGUCAACCGUCAAGGCGCAACUGGUGCGGGACUUGCUAUCAAUGUCAUCGAAGCGUACAGUUUUAUUGUCUCAAACUAUUCUCUUGGAGACAAGAUCUUUUGUUUCGGCUUCUCUCGUGGGGCAUACACUGCACGAGCUCUCGUUGGAUUGAUCAACGAUGUUGGUGUCUGCUCCCCCCUUGAUAUGCAGAUGUUCCCUGUAUUGUAUGAGUUGUAUCAAGCCAAUGUUCCCGGCAACGAAAAAGCCAAAAGGGAAUAUGAACGCUUCAAGACAGACUGGAUGGCAGGAAACCCUAUCGAGAUCACGCUAGGCGAGAAAGACUCGGGCGGACAGGUCAAGUUCAAGUCUUGCGACAGACAAAAGAUUGACGACGCAUCAAGAGACGUAGAGGUGGUCGGCGUCUGGGACACAGUCGGUAGUCUUGGUGUUCCAGACAUUCCCAGCUUCGACCUGGGUUUUAGUAGGCGUGACCGAGCAUCGCACGAAUUUCAUGAUGUGAGAUUGAGUGACCGCACUCACCACGCUUUCCAUGCGCUUGCACUGGACGAAAGAAGGAAGCCAUUCACUCCGACGCUAUGGUAUGUGCCUUUCGAACAGAAGCGACCGAGAGGCAGCUCUUUCAAGCAAGUCUGGUUCCCGGGCGUGCACAUCAACAUAGGUGGCGGAAGUGACGACAUGCUAGAAGAGAAGAAGAGCGACUUUGAGCAGAUUGCCAAUAUCACGUUUGCAUGGAUGGUCGAACAAGUUCGCCCGCAUCUGGCUUUCGACGAAGACAGCUUUGUGGCUGCCAUCAAAGAGCAGCAACACACCCUUGAGGCGCUGCACGGCGAAGACCGUCCGUGGCCCAAGUCCUGGACCGGCAAACUGUACGCCGCCACUGGCACAGUGUGGAGUAAGAUCGCUGGAAGCGGCGAACAGGCCAGAGUGAUAGCCGAGCCUGGAUGGGCAACAGGUCCCAUCAUCGACAGCUAUGAUGAAGCUUCGCGCGUUGUAAAGUCAGGCGGAAUGCAAUGGAGAUCACCCGGCGAGACCAUCGUUCCAAAGAGUGCUACCUCAGAUGAGGUUGUCCGCACGAACAAGCUUGGUCUUACCGAUGAGUGGAUCCAUCCCUGCGUCUUCUACAGGAAGGAGCAGCUUAAAAACUCCAGCGCGCCGUACGAACCGCCGGCCUUGCGCGGAUGGACCCGCUACGAAUGUGAGAACAGGAUUGAGGGGUGGGAGUGGAGGAAGGACGGCGUGAAGGACCUGUUGAAGGAGUAUCGAGUCAUGCCGCAUUCAGACGACGCAAGAGCUCCGCGCAACCUCGAAAGACUGGUAGCCGAGGCUGGGAAAGCGACAGAGUACUUGGAGGAACUCGAUAAGGCGUAUCGUGGUUCAGUUUAG